CAUUGUAGCCAAAGUAGUUGUUAGUUGUACAGUGAGUUCGGUUAUUUAUGUAAACAAAUGUAGUUGGACACACUGAAACUUGACACAGUUUACUGAUAACAUUUGCUAACGAUGGUGGAAACUUAACCUAUCGUUUAGUCGUCGUUGUUGUUAAUGUUAACUCAAGCAACUUGGUCGCUGCGGCUCAGUUUGGUUAUGGUUAGUAACGGUCAUGCUGUUUGGUUGCUUGUUGAGUUAAUGUAGCUCGUAGUGGGAGACACGUCUCCACAGAGCUAUACGUUACUGAGAAGACUUAAACAGCAGCAUCAUUUUGAACCAGAUGGAGACAUUUAUGGGAUCAAUGCAGAGUCCCGAUUUAAGCUCUGUCCUGUCAUCAUGUGAGCCGGAGCUCCAGGAGCUGAUGAGACAGAUUGACAUCAUGAUCAAUCAUCAGAAGAGGGAGUGGGAGGCUGAGAUCCGGGCCUUGGAGCUCCGGCUGAAAAGUGGAGAAGAGGAACUUAUAACCUCAAGAAAUAUUAUUGAACGGAGGGACCUUGAGAUCAAAUUGAUCCGCAAGCAGCUAGAAGAUGUCCAGAGUGAUCGACAAGACUUAGUUACCAAAUAUGAGCAACAACUGCAGAAAGUUCGAGAAGAGUUGGAUAAACUAAAAAGAAGUUACUACAAGCUUCAGAGAAAACACCUGAAGGAGUCCAGUGAAGGAGCAAAAGAGGCAGACAUUUCAAAGGAGUACCAUCAGCACUCUGCCGAAUGGGAGCAGCUCCGCUCCCAGUACCAGAAACAGCUGACAGCACUGGAAGCCCAGAAUAAGAGCCUGACCAAUGAGCUCUCACACGUGAAGUCCCAGUUGACAUCGCGGCAGUUGGACAGGGAGCACAGGGAGUGUUGUUUUGAGCUGCAGCAUCUGUGCACUCAGCUGGAGAAGGCUCAGGGCAGUUUGCACUCGCAGGAGCUCGAACUGGAGCGUCUCCGACCUCUUGAGAUGUGGCUGGGACAGUCUCAGAGGGAGCAGCAGCUGCUCUCAGAGGAACGCGAGGAGCUUCACGCCACGCUGGACUGUCAGGACACAUUUGUGCAGAGAACCAGUCUUGAGCGGCAACAGCUGCGUAAUGAAGCUGCCCGACUCAACCAAGUGCUGCAAGCUAAAGAUCAAGUCAUUCGAUCUCUGGAGGACUGCCUGGCAGCUCAGGGAUGUGCUGGUGUGGAAACCCUCAGAAAAGAUCUGGAGAGGACGGCAGCCAAGCUUCAGUGUGCACAAGCAUGUGAGGUCCAUCUCAAGGCUGAACUGGCUUGUCUCAAAGAGAGACUGGAGACAGUGGGCAAACAGAGAGGUGACCGCUCAAAGAUGGAGCAAGAGCUGAGGAACCUAAAAGCAGAAAGUGACUCUGCUGUUGCUGAAAUGAAAAAGCUCAGAGAGGAGCUUCAAAGGGCCAAGCAGACUCACAGCGGAGAGGUUGAGGGAAUGAGGAAGGAGGUGUCGAAGCUGACCGGAGAGCUGCACCAGCGUGACCUUACCAUCGCCUCGCUGAGCGGCUCUUCAUCCAGCAUCAAGCAGCAGCUUCGUGGCGAAACAGAGCGAGCAGAACAGAAGGCAGCCGAGCUUAAAAUGACUCAGAUACAGCUGGAGACUCUACAAACUGAGAACCAGCAGCUGAAAGGUCUGCUGCAGAGACUUCCAUCUCAGUCACCCAAGACGGGAGACUCCUCGCUUGCUUCACUGAGGGAGAGUUAUGUCUCUUCUCUGAGUAGCCUGGAGCAGGAGAACCGGCAGUUGAGGCAGGCGCUUGGUGAGAUGAAAUCACAGGUUGAGGUCUCCAACCAGACCUCUCAGGAUAAAUAUGAGCGAGCUGUGCUCAGCCACGCAAUCAUGGACCAACCAGAGUCUGCUCAGGACAGGCUGCAGGACGAUCUGCAGGCCUCAAAAGCGAAGCCGCAGGAGAAGAGCACUCACUAUGAAGGGGAGAUCCAGAGGCUCUUUAAAGAGCUUCACACCCUGUCGCCUUCCCCCACGGAGCAGCCAAGCAGCCAGGCCCAAGACUUCAGGCCUCAUUCAUCCUCCUCCUUAUGCAGCAGCAGCACCAGGCUGUCCAGGAGAGACUCGGUGCCUGUGUUAAAUGUCAAUGAAUCUGCUGCUGAAGACUCUCCGACCUCAGGGUCCAGAGAAAAAGUCACUCCCUCGCCUUCUUCUGUGGAGCUUUUGCCAGCGUCACCUGCACAGGGCAUGGUCACCCGUUUCCUGGAGGAGGAGAGCUUACGGACUGAGGAGCUGCUGCAGAGGCUGGACAGCCACAUCCAGGGUAUGAAAGAGGACACCAUGAAGACGGUGACCAAGUACCUGUCAGGUGGCUCUGGGCCCGAAUCCGCUCAGACAUCUGUGCAGAAUGGUCAGUGAUUAAGUCACAGCAGUGAGAGUAAUGAUUGGCAUUAUUAUAUUUAAGAAUGACAGCAGAUAAGAAGGUUUCUGCCUCAUUUGAUUGAACUUUAAAACAUCUGUUCCUAUUCUUCCAUGUUUUGCACAUUUGAGAUCAUUAUGGCAGCUGAGAGCUUUGAAUUCACCCAAGUGUUUCUUAAGAACUGUCAGCAGUAAAGGCAACGUUUUAUCACAAGCCGCCAAAUAUGUUACAGUCCCUAAAUCUAACUGUGGCCCAUAGGAACCCCUAACAUAUGAGGUGCCACAAAGCUGCUCCAGUUCAAAACACGUUUAAUCACACAGAACCAAGGAAUACUAACAAAAAACUGAAGAAAAGUAAAAGAGACAUGAGCCAAAAGAGUGAGAAAGCCCUGAACCGUGCCAGUGGACCGUUGAAGUAAGGAUUCUCCCCUAAACUAAAGCCAGCCAUCUAAACUAAUGAAACCAAAACCAAAAGCAGGACCGCUGGUGACUCAUCUAAUAAUUAGCAAAGCAGAAACUGCAGAGUUGAGUUAAAAGAUGUGCCAAAAAAAAUCAUAUGGCAAUUGUUUUGACAGAUGAUUUUAGUGGGCCUGGUAAUUUUUGCAUUUAAUUUCUACAGAAAAAAAUCUAAAAAUGAUGAUUCAUUCAGUCCGUACCAAACAAGCGUGUUCCCUUAUGUCUGGAAAGUAUCAUCAGUAGGUGUGGGACGUCUUUGUAGCACCAAAAUACUCAAUUUCUAGUCAAAUGUUUUGACACAUUUGUACCUUUUCUCAAAAAUGUGCAGCUUUGUGUUUGUCUAUAUUGUGCUUGUGACCAUUCUUUGAUUAGUUGUUCAGCCGAACUGCAAACACAAGAGAGAAACUGGUCAGAUUCCCUGGCCAAAGAAGAAGUUACUGAAAAUAAUGAGAAGAAAAAAGCACAAGCGUAGAGACAUGUUUGAUUAGCUCUGUUGACUACUUGUGAUUUUUUUCCUUUUUUUGUGUAUUUUAUAUUUAUCGAAGUGAACUGUUUCAGCUCUUGUGUGUAUUGGAAGUAGAGUUCACAUUAAGUUGAUCUUAAAGAGAAAACACUGACAAAGGCCACUUGAUUAAAUGUUAUGUGCCAACUCACAUCUUGUGUUACAAGUUGCAACACAAAGACUUCAACAAGCUUUCUGGACAUGUUCAGGUAACGGAGACUCACUGCCAUGGGUUCGUCAUCCAAAACACACGGCAGAAAGAUAAACAAACUGACCUACUGUUUCACACCAAUGGGAAUCAUUCAUACAGGUGCUGACAUAAAGCUGCAGCUGUAGAAUGUUGCUUUACCUUGUGCUCUCUGUUUAGCUCCCGGGCUGGAACUAAUCAAUGUUUUCAGUUUUUGAGAAGCUUGUAAUACCUAAACUUUGUCACCUUUGCUGCUUCAAAAUAAUCAAAUCAUCAUUUAGCAACUUUAUGCUGCUGUUCUUAUCAGUUACCCAAAUAAUAGCCUCUGGUCAUUGGAAAAGGACUAUAAAUAACUGCACUAAAUGCAUGAAUUAAGCUGGAUUUAUGUUCUGUCUUAACUGCAUGUAGAAUAAUGUUGGAAAGUCCCUCCUCCUACACGUUAUCAACUCUGGCUCUGGUGCCACCAUGAGUAACUUUCAAACCCAACAGUCCAACCUUCACACCUUCUUCAUCCUGUGGACUCGGUUAUUGCACUCCUUGGUUUUUUUAAAAAACAUUUGUUACGAAACUUCUUGUGGCACUCGUCAUGUGAGCGACCCAUUGCAGCACCAUCAGCGUCUCCCUGGAGAGACUGUCGGAAAUUUUCACGCUGUUUUUAAAUGAUAUUGCGUCUCUCUGCGACGGCUGGCUUUUCACGCCUCCAUCCAGUGUGGCCUUUCGGAACGACUAUAAACACAUCUGAUUUCCAGCGUGGGUGGACAGUAUGUCUUCAGAAGUAGUUCUGAGAGACCAUAACUCACACGGCCAUUUCAACAUCACAGACAUAACUCACAAACUCAGCAACAGCCCUGCUCAGGCUAACUGUUUGUGGCAUAUCUGAAGUGUUACGCUUUAUGCUACACUUUUUCCCUUCAGGCUUGGAUGACGUCAGACCUCUGUGCGAUUCCACCAAGAAAAACACGGAGAUGUGAUUGCUUUUAUGAACAGAGAGAUUGCUGUUUAAGCUUAUGUCGCCAUUUUGUGAGUAAGGUAUGACUUAUAUUUGUGCAGGCGUAACUCAGACCUAGUAUGCAGUACGUUUGUUUUUACUUAUUUUUCAAACCUGCAACCUGACAGGAAUUAAAUCGACCAAUCAGCUUGAUCGAUGGGAAGGUUCGUACAACACACAUACGUUUUUUUUUUUUUAUUUGGGAUGGGAGCUUCUGCAACCUGUAUUUACUGCUAAUACAUUCUUUGGUAUGUCUGUGGAGAUGUUUACGUGUAUCAUCAGAGGACCAUAAUUACAGUGUAUGAGGCGUGACUAAGAAGCGAGACUGCACCUGUAAAAACCAAAAAUCUAAAAGUCUACCUGAUUUAACCCUCUGAACCCAAGAAACCCCUAGCCGUUUAAGUGACAUAUUGUUUUUAGGAAUUAACAAAAUUACAUUAUUUGUCAGAGCAAGAAGCCGUAAAACAGCAAUCUGUGCUUCUUUGGCACAACUGUGACACCAGUAGUGACUCAGCUGAACUGUGUUUACACAGAUUUGAUAGGGGACAAGAGACAAAUUAAAAAUGUAAAUGGUAAAAUAUCUGUAGCAUAUAGAGUCCCUCUUGGAAAAACAUUGUACAUGGCGAUGCCAGGUUUGUUUGUUUUAAUUUUUGUAAAAUAAAUAUUUAAAACAUGCA